GGUUAUUGCCCUGGAAGUUGGAAGCAGUUCAAAAGCUAUUGUUACAUCGUGAGCAGUCACAUUACGACUUGGCACGGGGCCCAAUCGUACUGCAAAAGGUGGGGAGGAGAGCUGGUUAAGAUCAACAGCUUUGAUGAAAACGAGUUUGUACUGAAGCUGGUUCACAGCCGUGCGCCAUCGCUGAAACAAAUUUGGAUCGGACUCAAGUGGAAUCCAAGCGUCAACAAUUUCAUUUGGUCCGACAACUCAGUUCCAUUCUACAAGUUCUGGGCUCCGCGUGAACCGAAUGGAAAGUCCAGGGAGCCAUGCAGCAACAUGUGGAUUGCGCGCUCAAGCCACCUACCUUACCGAGCUACUGGUUACUGGAAUGAUCUUAUUUGCGGAAUCCAUUCGCUUUAUCCUUGUGGAUUUGUCUGUAAGAAGCUGGCAUAG